AGUUCACUAUCGAGUCUCACGAAAUGGAUAAGCUCCUCCCGCCAUUUGCCUUCCCAUGCAAACCCUUUCUUCAGUUCUCCUUCCUAUUUAUACUCUCUCCACUUCCCUAUCUCUCUCCACAUCCAACAUUUCAAAAAUCUAGUGAGAGAAAAAAGAGAGAGCAUGAAGAAGUCCACUACGACGUCGUUUAACCUCUCCCAAACGCAGACGCCAACGCAGACGGUGUCUCCUUCACCGCUGAAACAAACAAUAGCGGUUGCCUCAAUCGCAGCCGGUAUACAAUUCGGAUGGGCCCUACAACUCUCUCUUCUCACUCCUUACGUUCAGCUUCUAGGCAUCCCUCAUAAAUGGGCCUCACUCAUAUGGCUAUGUGGGCCCAUUUCCGGAAUGCUUGUUCAGCCCAUUGUUGGUUACCAUAGCGAUCGCUGCCAAUCGCGUUUUGGUCGCCGUCGUCCUUUUAUCGCGGCCGGAGCUGGGCUCGUCGCUAUCGCCGUCGUUCUCAUUGGCUACGCCGCCGAUGUCGGUGCGAUGUUCGGAGAUCGAGUCGAGGCGACGCCGAAAUCGAAAGCAAUCGCUAUUUUCGCCGUCGGAUUUUGGAUCCUCGAUGUCGCGAACAACAUGCUUCAAGGACCUUGUCGAGCUUUACUUGCCGAUCUCUCCUGUAAAAGCGGAAAGAAGACGAGGACGGCGAACUCUUUCUUCUCCUUUUUCAUGGCCGUCGGAAAUGUCCUUGGAUUCGCCGCCGGAGCUUUCACGCAUCUCCACGACGCGUUUCCUUUCACGAUGACGAAAGCUUGCGACGUUUACUGCGCCAAUCUCAAGAGCUGUUUCUUCUUCUCGAUUCUCCUUCUGAUGACGCUUACGGUGCUCGCUCUCUGGUACGUCGACGAAAAACAGUGGUCGCCGGAGACUGAGGCAAACGGCGGAGAAGAAGAAGAGGUAGACGACCAGAACGAGAUAACGGAGGAGGUAACGGCGUCUACACGAGUUGUUAAACUUCCGUUAUUUGGGGAAUUAUUCGCUGCGGUAAAGGAUAUGAAACGACCAAUGGUUAUGCUUUUAGUGGUGACGUGUUUAAACUGGAUUGCUUGGUUUCCUUUUCUUCUCUUUGACACUGAUUGGAUGGGAAGAGAAGUGUACGGUGGUGAUUCAGGUGGAAAUAACGACGAUGCUCGGCGCGUGUACAAUAUCGGCGUACGCGCCGGCGCGUUGGGGUUGAUGCUUAAUUCCGUAGUUCUCGGAAUCACUUCUUUGGGGCUUGAGUGGUUGGCCCGAGGCGUUGGUGGUGUGAAGCGGUUAUGGGGAAUCGUUAAUUUCAUUCUCGCUUUCUGUUUGGGAAUGACGGUGCUGAUUACGAAGUUGGCUGAAUCGAGCCGCCGUGGCUCUGCCGUGUCAGAGUCAGUUCCUCCGCCGGUUGGUGUUAAAAUUGGGGCUUUGUCGCUCUUUGCUCUCCUCGGUGUACCCCAAGCUAUAACUUACAGCAUUCCUUUCGCUUUGGCAUCGAUAUUUUCUUCUUCUUCUGGUGCUGGCCAAGGACUCUCGUUGGGGGUUUUAAAUCUUGCAAUAGUUGUACCUCAGAUGGUGGUGUCGGUGGGAGCAGGACCGUUUGAUGAGAUGUUCGGAGGAGGAAACAUUCCGGGAUUUGUGUUGGCGGCGGUGGCUGCGGCCGUGAGUGGAGUUUUAGCACUCACCGUGCUCCCUUCUCCACCGCCGGAAGCAGAUAUUCUCAAAGUUUCCGCCAUGGGAGGACAUUAAUUAGCUUGUUUAUCUUUAUUAUCUGGAAAGAAGAGAAGUUUGGGUAACAUACUAUUAACUUCUAUUUCCUGACACAUGUAAAAGGCACUCGUUUAUUUCCGCAUUAAUGAGAAGUAAAUGUACUCUUUUAGAUAAGACGAAUCUGUUCCUAAUUCGGCAUGCAUCAUUAACUGAAUGUUACAUGAACUUUUUUUUUUUUUUUUAAAGUUACAUGAACGUUGACAUAGAAC